AUGGAUUGCGAAAAACCUAUUCAACUACUUUCGAACCAACAGUCAGCUCAAGCGUCUCUUGUCGGAGUAUUGAGCCGAUUCCUAUCCGUACAAGAAGCGGCUCAAAUCAUUAAACGUUUCCAAUCUGAAAAUUGGAUUCCGAAUGGCCAAGUCCUCUGGAGUGGCAUUCCUCGCGAAAAGGCCCAAAGAUGGGCUGAUAGGCAUGGACUUCAAACGUUGACCACAGCAAUGGGGCCACUCAUGGAUGAAAAACAUCCAGAAUGCUUAAAAUUGAAAAAGAACCCCCGGCAAUGGAGUAGAUAUGUUCAUGGUGCUUCCGCUCUAUUUGCUUGGCGCAUAGCCCAGGGUGAAAAAGUUAUACUACUUUCACCUCCACUACCAGAGCGAUUUCAUCCGUCGGGUCUAUCUUAUUACCAACUUAUCGAGGAACCCAUAAUUCGGGGCUUACUCAACCAAAAUUCCGUUCAAAAAAUCUUAAUAACCCAUCCUAUGAUUGAGGAAAGUGAAGACGAAGAGUUUUAUUAUGAGCUAUGGCCAAACGACAGAAGAGAGAAAUGGGUGGAACGAUUCGGAUUGAGACCAUAUAAGAUGAAAUGGAGACAAGUAGGACACAGCAACGAUAUAACGGAACUGAGAAGUCUAAUGACUUCUAGUGAGUGGCAUGUCUUUUUGUCUGAGACUUCUAAGCAAUUUGAAAAAAAGGUUGGUUUUAUCAAACCUACAUAUCGUAUUUUACUAUUAUUAUUAUUGCUGUUUCUCCAGAGCAAAUUAUCGAUAUUCCUAUUAUUUGGUUUAUUAUAUUCGCUUGUUGACAAAAUAGUGGAUGAGAAUGAUGCAACAAAGGGAGAGAAAGGAGUAUUGAGAACAACUGAAUCUACUUCAACUGUGAUCUCACCUGAAGAUAGCAACACUGCACAGAAGAAGGCUGCAAAGAAACAGGCUGCAAAGAAGCAGGCUGCAAAGAAGCUCAAGGAUGAAAUAAAAGCAAAAAGAAAAGCCCUGGAUAAAUCACAACAGGAGGCCAUGAAAACCCUCAAGGAUGAAGCAAAAGCAAAAACAGAAGCCCUCAGCAAGGCACAGAAGAAGGCUGCAAAGAAGCUCAAAAAUGAAGAGAAAGCAAAGAAAAAAGCCCUCGAUCAGGCACAGAAGAAGGCUGCAAAGAAACUCAAGGACGAAGAGAAAGCAAAGAGAAAAGCCCUCGAUCAGGCACAGCAGGAGACUGCAAGGAAGUCCAGGGAUAAACUGAGCGUGUAA